UGUCACUCAGAGAGAGUUGGUUGAUUGUAGGAAAUGCGGACACGGGGAUAUGUCAGCAGGGCCGUGUUUAUCUCCACCAGCGAUGUGGCCCUAUUCCCAUUUCAGGGAGGUUUCUUGACUUUCUCAAAAAUGCAAUGCACAAGUGCACUCAAUGCAAACACCGAUACGGAUCUGUUUGCUCGCGGAUGAGUGGGAACCCAGUGCAGAGCGAGAGUGUUUAGCUAACCGUUAGCCCUUCAACACACCACCCUCCACACAGACCCCUGAACGCACUUUUUAAGGUGUAUCAUUAAAACUUUUCUAUCGGACCAAAGGCUUAUCAACGGCCUGCCUUCCUCGCGCCUUAAAUCCGCGCAACGUCGGCGGCGGCGGUGGCGGGGGGUCACGGCAAGCGGUGUGGGUGGACGGACAGAUCCUUCAGCUGCGGAGCAUACUGGAGCUGUCAUUACUUUAUUAUUUCACAAGUUCUCAAGAAAAUGAGCACGUAAAGCUGUGUCAUCGAGGAGUAGCUAUGGCUGAAAUCUCCGCCCUCAACCCUUCCCCUCCCAGUAUGAGCGACCAAUCAUUGCCUGCUCCCUCCAGCCCACAGCCUCUCCCUUCAGAAACUCCCAUCCCAAAAUCAUCUCUCUACGGGGACCGAGCUGUAAUGGGUAACCCAGUGUUACAGGCAGGUGGAAAAAACUCUUCAUCUUGGGAGCCCACACCUGGCCAAAACAAUGCAGCUUCCUCUUCAACAGCAACAAAGAGUGCUGUUGAACCACCAGUAGAGGUACUAGCUGCUACAGAUACAGAGUCUAAUGGGAAAAGUGAUUUCAUUGGCCAAACAGAACGGCACACUGAAGCACAGGGCUCAGAGCAGGAACAGCUGAUGCCUUUGUCGCCUGAACUAAAUCCCAGUCCUAAUCUGUAUCCCAUCGUUCAAGUUAGCCAGAAUUCCAGUCCUGCUCCUCCCAUAGACGUUCCUUCUCAGUUUAACCCUCCUCCGGUUCCAGUCUCCAACCCGGCCCCCUCUUCACAAGAUUCCAGGCAAACAGAAGCACAAACCGCCCCACAGCCAGAACACAUCCAAAACCCUGAACCCAACAGUCCCAGCACUGAUAAGAUGACCCCUGAGCCCCCCUGCACACCCACCAGGGCUGAACCCCCAGCUGUACUGGUGCAGGAGUCUGGUGGGUCCAUGUUUCUGCCCUCCACGCACAGGCGUCCAGCCCCGGACACGCUUAGCUACCUGGAGUCGGCCAGCCUGAUGUCAGGAACUCUGGAGUCUCUGUCAGGGCUCGGCGAGGACGGCAGCUCGGUGGGGUCAGACUCGGAGAUCAACGGUCCAGUGAGGCGUACUGAUAAAUAUGGCUUCCUGGGUGGAGCGCAGUACAGUGAGGGAAGAGACCGAGUGAAGGCUGAAUUUAACGAGGCGGAAAUCGCUGUGGCAGUGGCGAGACAGAGAGAGAUGAAAUGGCUGGACAUGUUCAGAAACUGGGACAAAUGGGUAUCCCGGCGCUUUCAAAAGGUAAAAAUCCGCUGCAGGAAAGGAAUCCCUUCCUCUCUCAGAGCUAAAGCCUGGCAGCUGCUUUCCAACAGCCAGGAGCUCCUCGAAUCCAAUCCAGGAAAGUUUGAGGAGUUGGAGCAAGAGCAGGGAGAUCCAAAGUGGUUGGACAUCAUAGAGAAGGACUUGCACAGGCAAUUCCCGUUUCAUGAGAUGUUCGCUGCUCGGGGAGGACAUGGGCAGCAGGACCUGUUCCGUAUACUGAAAGCCUACACAAUCUACCGGCCGGAUGAAGGCUACUGUCAGGCCCAGGCACCAGUGGCGGCAGUGCUGCUCAUGCACAUGCCCGCUGAGCAAGCCUUCUGGUGUCUUGUGCAAAUCUGUGAGAAGUUUUUGCCUGGCUACUACAGCGCUGGGUUGGAGGCUAUCCAGCUGGACGGAGAGAUUUUUUUCUCUCUUCUGAGGAGAGUGUGUCCCAUGGCUUACCGUCACCUAAAGAAAUUUAAGAUCGACCCCAUCCUGUACAUGACAGAGUGGUUUAUGUGCAUUUUCUCCCGUACGCUGCCUUGGUCGUGUGUCCUGCGUGUCUGGGACAUGUUCUUCUGUGAAGGAGUGAAGAUCGUGUUUCGGGUUGGUUUGGUGCUACUUAAGCAGAUGCUGGGGUCAGUGGAUAAGCUCCGUGAGGUGCAGGGCAUGUACGAGACCAUGGAGCGACUAAGGAACAUCUCCCCUGAAAGCAUCAAGGAGGAAGUUCUGGUGCAAGAGGUGGUCUCUCUCUCUGUGACGGAGGCCCUAAUCGAGAGGGAGUGCAGCAUUCAGGUGCGUAAGUGGCGGGAAUCUCGUGGAGAAUUGACCCACCAACCGAAUCGCCGUUUGCAUGGCACACGGGCCAUCUUCGAGCAGAAACAGCGGGCCGCUGCGAUCAGCUCUGGCGGCAGCCUGUCAUUUCUAGGUGGUCAUAUCCCUCCCCCCGGACCCUUGCGUGCGUCAUCAAGCCUCCUGUCACUUCCUGGUCUUAGAAAGUCCAAGAUGCCAUUUCAUUCACAGAAUAAGAAGAGCUCCACCUCUGGCAGCUUGGGCCAGGAUAUCGUCCCAAUGCAGCCACUUGGGGGCAGUGCCAGUGCAGUAGCCUCAAAACCUCCAGUGCCGUCUGCCUCUAAUGCUGGAGCCGGGGGGCGUCCACCGGCACCGCAUGGGCCCAGUCCACUAGCCACAACGUCUCCUAGUACCGCACCACCAGCUCCUACUGCACACGCGUCCAGUGCGCACAUGCUCCAGCCGUCGCCGAAAGUUGUCUCUGAGCAAAUCACCCCCACCAUCCCAUCACCCACCGCAAACAACUCCCCAUUACCCCCGUGCCCAGACACUCCAAAAACGGCAGUAGAGGAAGACGGGAAAAAGAAGAAGAAAACCAAGGAGGACAAAAAACGGGAGAAAGAGGAGGAGAAGCUGAAAUUGCGGGAGAAGAAAGACAAGGACAAGAAUGAGAAGGAAAGGCUGAAGAAGGAGAAGGAGAAAGCUGAGAAGGAGAAGAAAAAGGAGAAGGGGGGUAAGAAAAAAGACAAAGGGGGAGGAGGAGAGACGGAGGAGAAGAAUGGAGCCGCAGCGGCGAAAGAUUUGGCCUAAUUCUGCCCCUUCAACAAGAAGAGGACAAAGAAUCGAAAUGGCUGCAGACUGCUGAAGAGACAAAGAGGGAAAGCGAACAGUCUCCUGUAACGUCCUUUUCAUCUCAAGUACUCAUUUCACAAGGAUAACUGGAUCUCUGCAUCUGCCCCUUGGCUCUCAUCCAUCUGCACAGUGCUUUCACCCAAUGCUGCAACAGGAAGUGGUUCUUACUCAGCUUUUUUUUUUCUCUUUUUUUUUAAGUUGGAUACCUGAUUGAUGAGAUCAGCUGGAUAAUGAGUAGUCAAUUAUUGUGUACUGGGUGCCAUGGUGUACAUACAGUAGACCUCUAGCGCCAUCUGUGCCAGUCCAACCCCACAAUCCCCCUCUGUCCGUCACCCGAGAGGUGUCAGAGUACCCGAAUGAAACAUUUCUGCAGCGCGAAAAGUGCGGCACUGUCUAGUAGUAAGUUAUGUUUUUAGUGUUCUGGAGGACCUAUUUAUUCAUCGUACUGUUGCUUGUUAGUGUGUGUUCUUGUAUGUCUGUGCCUUGGCAGUGUAGUGAAUUGUGUCAGUCUCGUGCAGCACACGGGUCUUGUCUUUCUUUUCUGUUUUCGGUCUCCUUUCAAAAGAGCUUUUCUUCUCUGUUGUGCUCUGGUAGGAGGAAAUAACAAGUGUUGGGGGAGUGGAAGAGCAAAAUUGAACUGAGGGAAAGGUGUGUUCUCUUUCAAAACUGUGGAAAUAGACAUCCAUUUAUCCAUUUAAAAAAGUUUGAAUAUCCGAAUUAACAUAAUUACUUAGGAAAUCAAAACUGUUCUUGGUUGAGUGUACUUAUGUAUCUAAACUCACAAGACUGCAAACACGUUAGAUCUCAAUCCAUCAUUAUGUCAGCCUCACCAAAUAUUUCCUCUUGCUGCAGAUGAGCUUAUUUAUUUCUUUUUUCUCUUUUUGAACAAAUCGCAUCACAUAAACUGCAGUAAAGGCUAAAAAUUCUGCCAAGCAUGUAGUUCACUCCAGAUAUCUGUGUGGUUUAAUGUUAAUUAUCUUGAUGUUGAUAUGGAUGUAGAGUUCAGACUCGGAUUUUAAUAAAUUUAUGCACUGAGGACUGUUGAUUUUCAGCACUAACCUUGAUGGGUUCAUUAAUAUAGGACACUCUAAUCCAGUUCACAUGACUCCUUUAGUCUGCGCCUUGUUGGAUGGGAAGGUUUCGGUGCAGCAUUGUAGCAUUAACCUUUGUCCUUUGAAGUUCUCGGCCUCGGGCUGUAAUGUUUUGAUGUGUAUAAACUAUUAAUUUAAUUGGAUGAAACCAUGUAAUAUGUAUUUCGGCUAUUAUUAGUCUUAUUUUGGAUUAGAUUUUUUAUUUUUCUAUGAAAGUAAAUGGAGGCCUGGUAGACUGGAAUGGCAGAGAGAUUUGCUUUAGGAGAGUGUUGUAUUUAAAGGAUUUUUUUUUUCUUUCAUUUUCAGGCGCUGAAAAUGAUUUUUGCACAUUUUUCUCCCAACAUCCUGGAGAACAAAACCAAGCAGUUGUUAUUUAUUUUAGACGUUUUAUAAUCACUAGCGUGUCUAAUUUUACUGCAGUAUUUGUUUCAUGAGAGAUGAUUUCAUACUGAUGAUUUUUGUUUGGAUCUUUUUUUAUUAUUAUUAUUAUCAUCUUUAUAUGUCCCAUUGAAGGGGGAAAUGAUCCCAAAGAGUUGUGAAAGAAAGGGAAUGGAUCAAUAAAAUGUGUGGCAUUUCAGGCAUUUCUGUGGUAAUUAAAUGUUAAAUAUUGUAAAAAAACAAACAAAACUUUAACUCAAAGUGUUACUCUUGAUGAACACUGGCGAACUUAACUCCACCAUAAUCCACUGACCCCUCAGUAUUAUGAAUUAUUCUGAUACAUUCACUAGGUGAUUGGACCAUACUUAUGCUUUUAGGGCUCCUUCUCAGUAUAUCAUAUUUUCUGUCAAAACAGAAGAAACCUGAAGUGAUUUCCGGUUUGCAAUAUGGUAGCCAAUACUCUGUCAAUGUUUUAAUGGUGUCUCCUGUGUUUUCUGGACUCGUUGCAUCGUUCAGUUCCAACUGCAGGAGAUCAAACCUCCUCCUCACCUAUCAGUGGUGCCCUUAUUGACCUCAAUGGUCAUUUCUUCCUCUAAAGGCACUGCUGUUCAAAUGAAAAGCAAGCAAAUUAUAUCUAUGCAAACUUUGUUCUUAACUGUUUGCACAAUGUAGAUGUUGACAUUUACGUUGUGGCCACCAGGGGCCUCAGACUACCUUCACUGUUGGCACGAGCACUUGAUCUGCUGAAGGUGUAGUGGAGUGGGAUGUCCAUGGCCUGUUACUUUCAGAUAACCUGGGUGAUCUAGAUUAAGGUGUUUAAUUAUUCUUAAUAAUUGCUCCACAUUCUAAGUGCUGGCAUAAACCUGAUUUAGCACCUGUCAGGCCAUUUUCGCUAACACCAUCCUGUCUGUAUUGCCAACCAAGGGUACGACCGGUGGACUUAAAAUGGUUCAGACGCUGUGCUCACCAAUAAUUAAUGAAAGGCCACCCAGUGUUGGUUUACUAACACUCUGAGACUGCUGGGACUGGGUGUUAUGUAGUUUGACUUGUCUUAUGGAUUUCUGCAUUGGUAAAUUUGACCCAGUGUAUGUUAUAGAAUUGUUGUAAAAUUAAUUUUAAUCAUGUUCAUUUUAGUGUUUGUUUAGGUUAGCACUCUCAUUCUGUCCUUUGUAUGUCUCAUACUUGUUUUUAAGUUUACAUGAAACCAUUUACAGUUGAGAAUGAAAUAAAUUCAUAGAUGAAGACAGCUGUUCUAAAACUGCAGAAGAGGAAGUUCACAGUGUAUUUAAUAAUUGCAGGUGUGAUGAAUAAUAAAUCGUAAUAUAUUAAAA